AUGUCUGACAGAGGUCGCUCCCCAUCGCCUUCGGGGCAGGGGGGUCCCUCCGGCGAACGGCGACCAUCCCAGUCUCCAUCGCGUGCUCGACCUGACUCGCCUUCUCGGGCUUCCUCCGACAAGGCUGGCUCCGGUUGGAAGCAAGGCCCUGGCUUUGAUCCUGCUCGGGGGCCUCCCAAGCAGGAGAAGGGCAACACUCGCAUGGAACUUCCUCCAGAUGCCUACAUCCCGGAAACCAGGAAGGACGCUUUCACCCUUCGUGGAAACAAGCUGAACACCGAGGGUAAGCCGGAGCAGAUUGAGGUCAACCAGUACCGGAUGACCAAGUUCGACUUCACCAAGAAGAUCUAUCAGUACGAUGUCGUACUCUCUCCCGAGCCUGACAAGCUCGGCCCGGUCAUGAAGAAGAUUUGGGCCCACCCGAAGCUGGUGGAACAGCUCAAGCCCUUCAAGGGGGACAAGUGGCUCUUCGACGGCAAGAAGCUGGCCUGGGCCCCUGUCCUCCUUGACCGUGGCGAGAUUCGGUGCAAGAUCGAUUUGGACGAGGGAAAGCGACCUGCAGGUGCCAAGGCCCGCCCUGGUGCUGACUUCCAUGUCACCAUCCGGAAGACCACUGAGAUCAAAGUGGGCGCCCUCGCAGGAUAUCUUGAUCACAAGGUGUCGUUCAGCAACUCGGUUCAGGAGGCUCUGAACUUUCUCGAUCAUCUGGUUCGACAAUGGCCAUCCCAGCACAUGCUGGCCAUCAAGCGAAACUUCUACAAACAGAAUGCGCCCGGAAUUCCCCUAAACGACGCACUCGUCGAAGUUCACAAGGGCACAUACGCCUCUGUUCGUAUGAGCCACAACUUGGCCCGCGGUGGAGUCGGUCUUGGUUACAACAUUGAUGUUGCCAACACUUGCUUCUGGAUCGGAGGACUGUCGUUGGACAGGAUGGUGUGCAACUUUCUUACCACCUGUGACAGGCGCUGGCAAGGCCUGACCCCCAUCACCGUCUCGCAGGCGCUCAGGCCUGUCAAAGGCCGCGGUGAACGCUGGGAGUCGUCCGAUGCCUUCAAGCAGCUUCGAAAGCUGAGACGCCUCAAGUUCAAGGUGCGACACGCCAAUCGUCGCAAUGACGAUCAGGUUUACACUGUCUGCGACUUUAUCUUCAACGACAAGUAUGGCCCCGACGGUGCCACGGCUCGAAAUGUCACCUUCACCAAUGCGGAGGGCGAAGAGAUGUCGGUGCAAGAUUACUACCGAAAGAAAUACAAUGUGACGCUUCGACACGCCAAUCUUCCCCUCAUCGAUGCCGGCAAGGGAGGCAAGAUUCCCAUGGAGCUUGCUUGGGUCGAGAACAUGCAAAGGUACCCGUUCAAGUUGAACCCCGAUCAAACCGCCGCGAUGAUCAAGAUUGCUGUCACCCGACCCAAAGAGCGCAAGGCCAACAUUGAGAGCAAUGUUCGCGACCUUCAGAUCGGAAACGACCCCUACCUGAAGGAGUAUGGUGUCUCCUUUGAAACCCAGUUUGCCAAGACGGAUGCCAAGGUCCUCCCAGCUCCUAUUGUCAAGUUCAGCGUGGGCACCUGUGAGCCCAGAUUUACGGGUCGAUGGGACCUGCGCGGCAAGAGGUUCUGGAAGCAAAACGUGGCGCCCCUCAUGAACUGGGGCUUUAUCAUCCUGGAGCAAGGUGUCUCACUGGCAGCCUUGAGCCAGUUUGCAGCCUCGUUCAAAACUGCAUUCAUUGCUCAUGGUGGAAAGGUGACUAAAGAACCCAAGCUGCUCAACCCACCUGGAGACAUGAGAUUCAAUGCAGCCAACGCCAUUGCCUGGGCCCAUGAGGAAAUCACCAAGUCCAGUGGCUACACUCAGCUUCUGUUUUGUGUCAUGUCGAAGCGCAACAGCGGAACAUACGAGCGCUUGAAGAAGUCGGCUGAUUGCCGCUUUGGCAUUCUGACCCAGGUUAUUCUCGGCAACCACGUGACGAAGAACAACGGUCAAUACCAUUCAAAUGUUUGCAUGAAGGUCAACGCGAAACUGGGUGGUGCCACUGCUUGCACCCCCCAGCUUUGGAAGACGCCAACAUACUUCCCUGAGAACCGACCCACCAUGAUGAUCGGUGUCGAUGUCUCCCACGGGGCCCCUGGCGGCAACUCUCCAUCCACUGCCGCCAUGACCAUGUCUGUGGACAGAGACGCGACUCGGUAUGCUGCUCUUGUUGAGUCGAACGGGUACCGAGUUGAAAUGCUCACUCCUGCCAACGUGCGCUUCAUGUUUGGACAGCUUGCCAACUAUUGGAGAGAGGGCCACAACGGCGGCUUCCCUGCCCACAUCAUGUACUUCCGCGAUGGUGUUGGCGAGGGUCAGUUCGCUCAGGUGUUGGACCAGGAGAUUGCCGAGAUCAAGUCUUUCCUCCGUGACAAGGUUCCCGCUGGGAAGGCUCCUCCUAAGUUUACUGUGAUUGUGGCUACAAAGCGCCACCACAUUCGGUUCUUCCCCCAGCGCGGCGACAGGAACGGUAACCCACUGCCUGGAACGUUGGUCGAGAAGGAAGUCACCCACCCCUUCAUGUGGGACUUUUACCUCAACUCGCAUGUGGCUAUCCAAGGAACGGCACGACCGGUCCACUACCACAUCAUCCUUGACGAGAUGAACAUGCCGGUCAAUGAUCUCCAAAAGAUGAUUUACCAGCAGUGCUACUCAUACGCCAGAUCAACUACACCCGUUUCUCUUCAUCCGGCAGUCUACUACGCGCAUCUGGCUAGCGACCGUGCCAGGGCUCAUGAGAACAUUGCGACCAGCGAGGGAUUCCGAGCUGGCCCCAAGGGUCACGAAAUGAUUCGUGACAAGGUCGCCCGAGGCAUGUCGGUUGGUGGACCAGAGCGAGGAAUCGAGGCACCGCCUCUCCUUCGACUCGGAGGAAGCGUUGAUGCGCAGAAGGGCCCCGUGGAAGGCGAGGAACGACAGCGAAACUUCUUCCGCAAAACGAUGUGGUACAUCUAA